AUGGAAAAGGAAAUUGUUUCGCGACCUAUACCUUUCACGUUACGAGUGCUGAGUACUCUAAGAAUGCUGUUGGAUGUUAUAACCAGUGUCUUUUUUAAAUUGUAUUACGGCACAAAUACAAAGAAGUUACCUCCAAUAAAGGAUGAUAUUUUAAAACAACCGGCUGUGGAGGUGGCCAGAAGAAUAAGAAAUAAAGAGAUCAGCAGUGUGGAAGUGUUGAAGGCGUGCAUGCAAAGAAUAAGUGACACUAAUUCCUUAGUGAACUGUUUUGUAGAAAAUCGCUAUGACUUAGCUUUACAAGAAGCAAAAGAAGCUGAUAAACUCGUUCAGAGCGGUUCAAAGACUGUACAACAAUUGGAAAAAGAGAAACCGUUUUUGGGCGUCCCUUUCACGACAAAGGAUUGCAUAGCUGUUAAAGGACUACAUCACACCGCCGGAGUAGAUUUGAGAAGAGACAAGAUAGCCGAAAGUGAUGCAGAUGUUAUUAGAAUUCUAAGAGAAAAUGGUGCAAUAAUCAUAGGUCUUACAAAUGUUCCCGAACUUUGCAUGUGGUGGGAGACCCACAACCAUAUAUACGGAAGAACGAGCAAUCCCUAUGAUACCACAAGAAUAGUGGGAGGUUCAUCCGGUGGCGAAGGAUGCAUUCAAGCUCUGGGAGGAAGCUGCUUUGGGAUUGGUUCUGACAUAGGAGGAUCUAUUCGAAUGCCUGCUUACUUUAACGGGAUAUUUGGUCACAAACCGUCAAGGCUGAUAGUUUCCAACGUUGGACAAUAUCCUGAUGAACCCACGGAGCUACACAAAUCAUUUUUAUGCAUUGGACCUAUGACGAGAUUCGCUGCAGACUUAAAGCCGAUUCUUAAAAUUAUAUCGGGCGAAAACAGUGCAAAGCUUAAUUUAGAUAAACCCGUUAAUCUGAAGAACUUGAAGAUUUUCUAUCAAAUCAACAAUGGUGCACCAUUAACGGACAAAGUUGAUAAAGACAUAGUGACAGCACUAGAAAAAGUCGUUGAGUUCUUUAACAAGAAACAUAAUAUAGUCGCUGAAGAAAAGAAAAUUGAAUGGCUUCAACAUUCCAUUCCAAUCUGGAUGGAAACUAUGAAAGGAAAAUAUCCUUUCGGAAAAUACAUCAUAGAAGAUUAUAGUAUAUUUGCUGUAUUCAAAGAGAUUUUCAAAAACCUUGUAGGGCUUUCAGGAAACACUCUCAUUGCGUUGUUUACAUCUCUAGUAGAUCGUGAUGUCUUAAAUCCGGAGUGUAAGCGAUACCAGUAUUAUUUGAAAGCUCGUCAAGAAUUAGAAGAUAUUUUUAAAAAUAUGCUUGGUGAAGAUGGAGUAUUUCUGUACCCAACACAUCCAACACCAGCCCCUUAUCACAACCAGCCUUUGGUUAAACCAAUGAAUUUUAUAUAUACAGCUAUAAUCAACAGUCUUGGCCUUCCAGCAACAACAGUUCCUUUAGGCUUAAGUAGAGAUGGACUUCCCAUUGGAAUACAAGUUAUUGCUAAUCAUAAUAAUGAUAGACUCUGCUUGGCGGUGGCAGAAGAACUUGAAAAAGCAUUCGGUGGAUGGAUAGAACCAAAGUAA